UCUCUCUCUCUCUCUCUCUCUCUCUCUCUCUCUCUCUCUCUUUUAUAUUGAAAUUGUUUGGAUGUCGAACAUGACCGCGGCGCUUCACAGGCACGCGACAGCCAGCGCACGAGCCCGUCCAGGAGAGCAGGGGAACUCUGGGACAGGAGAGCAUCUCCCCACGCGGGGUUUCUGAGGGACCCGGCUGUCAGUGAAGUUCGCGGCGCGCGCCUUCCACCCGUUUCUCACGCGGCGUCCACGCAGCGCUCACACGACAUGCGCGAGCCCGGCUCAGCGCGCGCCGCCGCAGUCGCCGUCGCUGGACUCAUAAGUUUCUGCGCGGUUGUCUUUGUCCAGCAGCCCGCAGCCGCUUUAGCAAACAGGUCCGGUGCAGAUGUGGACGAGUGUGCCGAGGGCCUGGACGACUGUCACAUGGACGCCAUCUGUCAGAACACCUUAACAUCCUUCAGAUGCAUCUGCAGGCCAGGCUACACUGGGGACGGUCGGCACUGUGGAGACAUCAACGAGUGCGACACUGAAUACAACGGCAGCUGUGUGCAUGAGUGCAUCAACAUCCCAGGAAACUACCGCUGCACCUGCUAUGAUGGCUUCCGCCUAGCACACGAUGGGCACAACUGCCUUGAUGUGGAUGAGUGUUCGGAGGGGAAUGGUGGCUGCCAGCAGGUGUGCGUCAACAUGAUGGGCAGCUAUGAGUGCCGUUGCAGAGAGGGCUUCUUCCUGAGUGACAACCAGCACACCUGUAUCCAGAGGCCCAAAGAGGGACUGAACUGCAUGGAUAAGAACCACGGCUGUGCUCAUAUCUGCCAGGAGACGACCAAGGGUGGCAUUGCAUGUGAGUGCAGACCGGGCUUCCAGCUUGUCAACAACAAGGACUGCAAAUUGACAUGUAACUAUGGAAAUGGGGGUUGUCAGCACACCUGCGAAGACACAGACCAGGGGCCAAAGUGCGGCUGUCAUAUGAAGUUCACCCUCCAUUCUGACGGAAAGACGUGUGUAGAGACCUGUUCAGUGAAUAAUGAUGACUGCGACAGCCCCUGUCAUGAUGUGACCAGCGGAAUGAGAUGUAGCUGUCCUGUGGGGUUUGCCUUACAGCCAGACCACAACACCUGCAAAGACAUAGACGAAUGUCGCCUGAACAAUGGAGGCUGUGACCAUGUGUGCCGGAAUACAGUGGGCAGCUUUGAAUGCAGCUGCAGGAAGGGUUACAAACUGCUGACCAAUGAGAGGACAUGCCAAGAUAUUGAUGAGUGCUCCUUUGACCGGACUUGCGACCACUCCUGCGUCAACUCUCCUGGGAGUUUCCAGUGCUUCUGCCACAAGGGCUACGUCCUGUAUGGGCUGGCUCACUGUGGAGAUAUUGAUGAAUGCAGUAUUAACAACGGAGGCUGUAACUUCAGCUGCAUCAACACACAGGGCAGCUACUACUGUACCUGUCCACCUGGCUACAAACUGCACUGGAACAGGAAGGACUGCAUCGAGUUGGUGAAGUGUGAUCGCAACUUGGCAUCUCCUAAGGCGACACUCAGCUGCAGUAAAACAGGCAAGAAGGAGAUCUGCUCUCUCACCUGUUCCUCCAAAGCCCACUAUACAGCAGAGUCUGACAGCAGCUACACAGUGAGUUGUGGCCUUCCUGUCCUCCGUGACAAGACAGCAUCCAGAUCUAAGUCCAGCCCCAGUCCCAGCCACAGCUGCUUAGACACUGUGGGUCCCCCGGUCAAGCAGACUGUGUCCUUCAAGAUGAAAAAUGCAAAGUGCAUCCUCCACCCCAGGCCGCAGGACAAAGACCAUGAGGUGGAGCGUAGCCAGGGUCAGGGAGGUGAGGAGAUCUGCAGCAACUGCUUGGUAACCUUCGUUACUCUCAAGUGUGACUCCUCCAAGAAGGCCAAGGGGCGGCCAGCUCGCAAUCCUGCCAGUAAGGAGGUGACCCGCAUCACCCUGGAGCUGGAAGCAGAGCUCAAACCAGGGGACGCCAGCGAAGACUGCAACUUGAGCUGUCAGAGACAGCGCACAGAGCAGCAGAUCAAGGCUUACAUCAAGGCCCUGAAAAAGUCCAUCAACCAGGAGCGCUUCCUGCUCCGUGUGGCUGGCCUGGACUACGAGGUUGCGCAGAAACGGGCACGGCCAACCGGGCGGGCGGAGGAGAUCUGUGGCCCAGGCAGUGAGAUGCAGAACGGGCACUGUGUCAGAUGUAUGCCUGGGUCCUACUAUCACGGUGGACAACAGCGCUGUGUCCAGUGCCCACCAGGUACCUUCCAAGAGAAGGAGGGCCAGCUGUCCUGUGACCUUUGCCCUGGGAGUGAUGGGCACGGCCCAGUGGGCGCCAGUAACAUCUCAUCGUGUGCAGGUCAGUGCCCAACAGGAUACUUCUCUAGUGAUGGGUUCAAACCCUGCCAGCCUUGCACCCUGGGAACCUACCAGCCUGAACCGGGUCGGACCCUCUGCUUCCCCUGUGGUGGAGGACUGACCACCAAGCGGGAAGGUGCCAGCUCCUUCCAUGACUGCGAAGUCAAAGUCCAGUGUUCCCCUGGUCACUACUACAACACCACACUGCAUCGCUGCAUCCGCUGUCCCUUGGGCACUUACCAGACAGAGUUCCGACAAAACUACUGCAUCUCCUGUCCUGGAAAUACCACCACUGACUUUGAUGGAGCCACCAGUGUCUCCCAGUGCAAGAACCGAAAAUGUGGAGGACACAUGGGUGAGUACACCGGCUACAUUGAAUCACCAAACUACCCAGGCAACUACCCUGCCAAUGUGGAGUGCACCUGGAACAUCAACCCCCCAUCCAAACGCAAGAUCCUUGUCGUGGUGCCUGAGAUCUUUCUACCCUCGGAGGAUGAGUGUGGGGAUGUGCUGGUGAUGAGGAAAAACUGGUCAGCUGCCUCCAUCACCACAUAUGAGACGUGCCAGACAUAUGAGAGGCCCAUCGCCUUCACUGCCCGCUCCCGCCGACUCUGGAUCAACUUCAAGUCCAACGAGGCUAACAGCGCCCGUGGUUUCCACAUCCCAUAUGUCACUUACGAUGAGGACUACGAGCGGCUGGUUGAGGACAUUGUGAGAGAUGGAAGACUCUAUGCUUCAGAAAACCAUCAAGAAAUAUUGAAGGAUCAGAAGCUCAUAAAGACCCUUUUCCACGUUCUUGCACAUCCCCACACGUACUUCAACUACUCUGCUCGGGACUCCAAUGACCUGCUGCCCCGCUCCUUCAUCCGACUCAUCCGAAGUAAAGUCUAUGACAUCCUACGGCCGUACAAUUAGUACCAUUUGGCACUUGACAGGCCACCCACCCCACCUUGAGAAACAGGAUGUGCAAUUGCCUCCUACACACAUCACUCCGUGCAACAAGAUAACUGUGGAUUUUUAAAAAAAAUACUUUUCUGUGAUUUUGAAUACAUACUUCAGUUUCAAAACGUGCAUUUACUUAGUUUGGCUUGCUUUUAUUUUUGGUCUCUGUGAACCAGAGGUCACAUGAUUGUUCACUAUUACACACAGUUCAGUUUGAGUUCUCAUGAUGUUUCUGCUUUAGUAUCCAUUGCCUCUUCUUGUGUCUGCAGUAAAUUUUUUUCUCAUUAAAUUACUUUCAGUAUAAGGACAUAGUCUCAGUCAUCACCACAGGAACAAAUCUAGACAAAAAAAAGGAUUAUAUGUAUUGCAAGGAAGUACAAGUGUUUAACCAGUGUUAAGCAGUCGUCACUAAAUGUUUUUCUACCCAUGUUGAAAGCCUAUUUGCACUCUUAGAGCUUUAUGUUUCAAGACAUUGCUGUGAAAAAAACAUUUGCUUUACCUGAGGAUUAUUUCCUUUUCUCAAUGUAAGAUUUUUUUUUGGGGGGGGGGAGGGGUGGCGCGGGGUUGUUGUGGGCAGCCACAUUGGAAUCGAAGGAUGAUCGAUGCUGUGAAUUGGAGAUGGAGGGAAGUCUGGCCUCAGCUGCUUAUUAGGUCACUUUAAACCUUUGAUUCACUCUUUUCCCUGUUCCCCCCCAGUUCUUUUACAAGAAGGAAACUGCACUUUUGUGUGUGUUUUUGUAAGAGACAGAAUUCUACAGAUUCAACACAGAAUGAGUCAUUCCAAUAUUUGCAAGGUAGUCAAGCUGCAGGCCUAAGGAAAGACCAAGGAUCAAGAGGAACAUUCUCUCAUCAAAUGUUUGUGUCCUUAACUGAAAGUGAGUAUGAUCGCUUUUUCCAACAGUCCUACAGUAUUUAAGGCCUUUUCUGUAUCUCACCAUCCUACGUUUGUCUUGAAGUGCAAUUUUUUUUUUUUUUUAAAUUCUGCAGAAAAAAAUACAUGGAUACACCUGAUAUGUAUGAUUAGUGACUGGGAUAUCAUGUUCUAAACAAUAUUCUUAGGGUUAGUUUUAAAUUAUACUAGUAAUCCAUACUAAACUUCAACCAGAAACCACUAGAAAUAAAAUCAUGUAAUAUAUAUACUUAUGUAUUUGCAUAUAUUGACCUUUGUACUUCCAUUGUUAUGGGGAUUUUUUUUCUUCUUCCCCAUACAGAGGCUACGAGGCAUACAUUAAUAUGGCAAAGCAUGUGUGGCAAUGCAAUAAGUCAGCCAAGAUAAAGACUGUUGUCUCAUGACUGUGACCUUAUACAGUGUUAAGUUAAAGGCUGUACCAGGCUUACCAGCCUGACUGGUACCCAUCUCUGUUUCCUUAUGAAUGGUCAGAAUAAUGCAGAACUCCUUUGAGAUGUUCCUCUGUUUGACCUUCGUAUUCCUAAUGGCUUGGACUUUCUAUUUUCUUGCGCUGGAUAUAACAGUUCAAUUCAACUCCUCCACCAGAGCUGCUCAGAAAUCUCUCACACACAACAUAUUUCGCUUUCUGUACACUUUGUCAUUUUCCUUUUGGUUGCUUUUUUACUGUAUGUAAUGUGUUAUGGAGGUGGUAAUGGUAUUUGCACUUGAAAACUUAUUGCCCUUGUCAAAAAUGUCAAUUUUGUAAUGUCUUUUUUAAAUGAAUGGAUGUGGUGUUCCUUA